CUGUGUGUUUUAAGGAAACAAGCCCACAGUCCAGUCCAGUCCGACCCAGCCUGGGAGGCUUGUGAGCCCGCGUUUCGUAAUUGCCCCCCUCCUCGCAGCCCCCUCCCCCAGGCCUCCCCCUUCUCCCGCCCUCCUGCCCGCCCUCUCUCCCUCCCUCCUUCCCUCAGCCGGCGAGGCAGCAAUUACGCUUUGGGGAUAAAACGAGGCGCGGAACUCGGGCUGGGGCAUUUCUCCUCGAGAUGGCGGGUCUGACAGCGGCAGCCCUGCGGCCCGGAGUCCUCCUGCUCCUGCUGUCCGUCGUCCACCCCUCGCAGCCUGGAGGGGUCCCAGGGGCUGUUCCUGGUGCCGUUCCGGGAGGAGUCUAUUACCCAGGGGCUGGGCUCGGAGGCCUGGGAGUAGGAGCACUGGGGCCUGGAGUCAAACCUCCCAAGCCAGGUGUCGGAGGGCUUGCAGGCGUUGGCCCUGGGGCAGGGCUUGGGGCCUUUCCUGCAGGCAUCUACCCAGGGGCUCUCGUGCCCGGCGGAGUGGCUGGUGCUGCUGCAGCCUAUAAAGCCGCCAAGGCUGGCGCCGGGCUUGGUGGUGUUGCCGGUGUUGGCGGCUUAGGAGUGUCUCCAGGUGCGGUGGUGCCUCAGCCUGGAGUAGGAGUCGGAGUCGGAGCCGGAGCUGUAGGGAAGCCUGGGAAAGUGCCCGGUGUGGGGCUACCAGGUGUAUACCCAGGUGGAGUGCUUCCAGGCGCAGGAGCUCGGUUCCCGGGUGUAGGGGUGCUCCCUGGGGUUCCCACUGGAGCAGGAGUCAAGGCCAAGGCCCCAGGUGCAGCAGGAGCUUUUGCUGGAAUCCCAGGAGUUGGUCCCUUUGGGGUUCAGCAGCCUGGAGUCCCUCUGGGGUACCCCAUCAAGGCACCCAAGCUGCCAGGUGGCUAUGGACUGCCCUACACCACUGGGAAGCUGCCCUAUGGCUAUGGGCCCGGAGGAGUGGCUGGUGCAGCAGGCAAGGCCGGGUACCCAACGGGGACAGGGGUUGGCACAGCUGCAGCAGCAGCGGCGGCAGCUAAAGCAGCAAAGUUUGCAGGUGUUGGAGGAGCCGGAGUUCUCCCUGGCGUUGGUGUUGGAGCUGGCGGCAUUCCCGGUGCAAUUCCCGGGAUUGGAGGCAUCGCAGGGGUCGGGGCUCCAGCUGCUGCUGCAAAGGCGGCCGCUAAGGCGGCCAAAUAUGGAGCUGCUGCAGGCCUGGUGCCUGGGGCACCAGGCUUUGGCCCAGGAGUUGGAGUCCCUGGUGUUGGAGUCCCUGGUGUUGGGGUCCCUGGUGUUGGGGUCCCUGGUGUUGGGGUCCCAGGUGUUGGAGUCCCAGGUGUUGGAGUCCCAGGUGUUGGAGUCCCAGGGGCUGUGUCACCAGCUGCAGCUGCUAAAGCAGCUGCCAAAGCAGCCAAAUUUGGGGUCACAGCCGGAGUGGGAGUUGGAGGCAUUCCCACUUACGGGGUCGGUGCUGGGGGCUUUCCCGGCUUCGGUGUCGGUGUUCCUGGAGUUGGCCUUUCCCCUGCAGCCCAGGCAGCAGCCGCCGCCAAGGCAGCCAAGUACGGUCCUGCAGGAGCAGGAGCCCUGGGAGGGCUGGUGCCGGGUGCCGGAGUCCCAGUACCAGGGGUGCCGGGCACUGUGGGGGUGCCAGGAGUGGGGGUCCCAGCAGCUGCCGCCGCCAAAGCCGCCGCCAAGGCCGCUCAGUUUGGGUUAGGGCCCGGUGUUGGUGUGGCUCCCGGCAUUGGCCUCGGCCCCGGCGGUGUCACAGGGGUUGCAGCCGGGCUUCCUGCUGGCGUUCCCGGACUUGGAGUUGGUGUUCCUGGCUUCGGGGCAGUACCUGGACCCCUGGCCGCAGCUAAAGCAGCCAAAUAUGGAGCAGCAGGGCCCGGGGUCCUUGGAGAUGCCGGGGCUCUUGGCGGAGUAGGGGUCCCUGGCGGUGUGGCAGGAGCCGGACCUGCUGCCUUGGCUGCUGCUGCCAAAGCUGCUGCCAAAGCUGCCCAGUAUGGCCUGGGGGGCGUCGCAGGGCUCGGAGCUGGAGAUCUGGGAGUUGGAGGGCUUGGGGCUGUCCCGGGGGCCGUGGGCCUUGGAGGUGUGUCUCCAGCUGUGGCCGCUAAAGCAGCCAAAUAUGGAGUUGCAGCGAGACCUGGCCUCGGAUUGUCUCCCAUCUUCCCGGGUGCUGGAGCUGGGGGCCUGGGAGUUGGUGGCAAACCUCCCAAGCCCUACGGAGGGGCCCUGGGAGCCCUGGGAUUCCCAGGUGGGGCCUGCCUGGGGAAAGCCUGCGGCCGGAAGAGAAAGUGAGCUUCCCCGGACCCCUGACUCGCGACCUCAUCAACGUUGGUGCUACUGCUUGGUGGAGAAUGUACACCCUCUGUGACCCCACCCCAUGCCCUCCUAAGUCCCACCCGGGAGGGGACAGGGCAGGCCGGGCCGGGCGGACUUGGAAUUCCCCGGGGCAAGGAAACAAGAGACCGGUGGCCAAGCGGGCCCCAGGAGGCCCCCGACUUCAGAGGCGAGGGGCGGGGGGCUUGGCCCCCUGCCCCCACCCCCUUCCCACCCAGGAGCUCCCCCUCCACACACUCUCCAUCUCCAGGGGACCUUGGUGCUACGUGCUGGUGCUCUCAUCUUCCUGGGGGAGGGAGGAGGGAAGGGCAGCCCCCGGGGAACCCCCUCCCUGGGGCUCCUCUGAAGAUGGUGCCGACACUUCCCAGGCAGCCCCACCUCCCGCUGCCCACCAGGACCCACCUCUGGCUGCGGUCCAGUUGGUACCCAAGCCCAGAAAGCCUCAAGCUGGGUUCGGUCACACCAUCUCUUGGCCCCCUUUGUCCCCUCUCCCCCACCAACUGCUAUUCCCCAUGUCUGGGGUACCUUCGUGGCAGAAGACCCCCAUCGGGAAUAGUCCCCUUGCUCUUGUGGAACCCAUCCGCCCAUCAGUCCAUCCGUCCAUCCAUCCUUGUCCCCAGUUGACCGCCUGGCACCACUAGCUGGCCAGGCGCCCCCACCAUCAACCUGGUUGACCUGUCAUGGCAGCCUGUGCCCUGCCUCCGCCCACCACACACACGCCUACGAAGGGGCCCUGAGCCCAGGGUGUGAGGGGCUAGGGUGGCAGGAAUCUCCCGCCCCAACCUGGGUCUCCCCCCACGCAGUACUGUAUCCCCAGUCCCUCCCUCGAGCCACUGUACUUCAGAGCAUUUACCCCCUGCCCUGCCCUGCCCAUCUCUUUGUGUCUCGCUGUGAUAGAUCAAUAAAUAUUUUAUUUUUUGUCCUGGA